GAUAAAUAUCAAACUACGGAUUAACUAGUCGACAUUAACGUGUAAUACAUCUGUCAAAUUAUUUUUUAUAGAGCUACCUUUAAAGAAUAGAGUCUUAUACCGGCUAUAUACUUGCAAUUUUAAUAUAAAAAAUAGAGUAAUGUUCGAGGAAUGUGUCGCUCAAUCCCGUUUAAUAAAAAUUAGAGAUUGGAUAUGAAAUGAUUGAUAUAUGCACGAAGUUUUGAUUAUGUGUAUUGAGUUCAUUACAAUGAAAUUGUGAAAAGCAAUCCACAGUGGAUCUCACAUUUAGACCAUAAAUGUUUUUGAAUUAUAAUUUUCCAUAUUGUUUGUAAUAUUGGAGUUAAUGUGUGGACAGAUAUAAAUAUUUUAUUAAUAACAGAAUGGCUGCAUUAGUUCAGUACGUGGUUAUAAGAGGAGAUCUUUCUAAGACAAUGGGAUGGCCAAUGGGUGCUAUAGUAGCUCAAGCCUGUCACGCUUGCACAGCCGUCACUCAUCUUUUUUACAAUGAUAGCAAUACACAAGCUUACCUCGCAGAUUUGGAUUCAAUGCAUAAAGUUGUUCUUGAAGCUUCUGACGAGGCCAGUUUACAUACUUUGUGCUCCAAACUGAAGGAGGACGACAUCCAUCACAAGUUGUGGAUAGAACAGCCCGAAAACAUUCCAACUUGUCUGGUAACAAAACCUUAUCCUAAGAAUGAAGUGCAAUCGUAUUUUAAAAAGUACAAAUUGCUUAAGCUUUGAUAAUGACAAUCAUUGUAACCAUUAAUAAAUAUUUAAUCGGUACAAAA